GUCAAAGGUUAAGUCAGUAGCCGGAGCAUGACAGCAACACAAACAUCCAUGUGUCUCUCUUCCUGGUUAGACAACGACACACAAAGAAUGUCAGCCGUGGCUGGUCGUGUAUAAAAGCUGCAUCAGGGUUUUUGUGUAGUACCAGAUAACCAGGACACCACCGGAGGAGGAAGCGUUUCCAGAAAGUCUAGCUGCCUUUCUUAGACACUUUUUGGACAUAAGGUGAUUUGGAUUUGGACUGAGAAGACCACUGGACUAGAUGACUGGACUAUGAGAAAUUCACAUUUCCAGCAGCUUGACAAGAAUGGAUAUGAUGGCAGGAGUGUUCGAUAUUGACAUCGAGAAUGAGGACAUCAGCGACACAGAGGACGAUGUGUGCGACUUCACUGUGACAGAACCAGAGAAUGUUCAGACCGAGGAGGUGGAGCUGACCAGUGAAAGCGUGAACAGAGAUAGUGAGAAAGUUGGACCUGACUGCUUUGAGCUGCUGACUGUGCUUGGGAAAGGAGCCUAUGGCAAGGUUUUCCAGGUCAGGAAGGUUCAAGGAGCCCAAACGGGGAAAAUAUUUGCCAUGAAGGUCCUGAAAAAGGCCAAGAUAGUCUGUAACGCUAAAGACACUGCACACACGCGAGCAGAGCGUGAGAUCCUGGAGACGGUGAGGCACCCGUUCAUUGUGGACCUACUCUACGCCUUCCAGACCGGAGGAAAACUCUACCUCAUCCUGGAGUGUCUGAGUGGAGGAGAACUGUUCAUGCAGCUGGAGAAGGAAGGAAUAUUCAUGGAGGACACUGCCUGUUUCUAUCUAGGAGAGAUCACGUUGGCCCUGGGUCACCUCCACUCUAAUGGGAUCAUUUAUCGGGACCUGAAGCCUGAAAACAUCAUGCUCAGUCACCGAGGACACAUCAAGCUGACUGACUUUGGCCUCUGUAAGGAGUCCAUUCACGAUGGAACCGUCACACACACCUUCUGCGGCACCAUCGAAUACAUGGCUCCGGAGAUUCUGACCAGGUCGGGACAUAACAGAGCGGUUGACUGGUGGAGCCUCGGGGCCCUGAUGUACGACAUGAUGACUGGAUCGCCUCCGUUCACAGCUGAAAACAGGAAGAAGACCAUCGAUAAGAUCUUGAAAUGUAAACUCAAUCUUCCCCCAUAUCUGACGAUUGACGCCAGAGACCUGAUUAAGAAGCUGUUGAAGAAGAAUCCAGCUCAGAGGCUGGGCUCUGGUAAAGCAGACUGUGCUGACAUCCAGAAACAUCCCUUCUUCAAGCACAUCAACUGGGACGACCUGCUGCUCAAGAGAGUGGAGCCGCCCUAUAAACCACAGCUGCAUUCAGACGAGGAUGUGAGCCAGUUUGACACCAGGUUCACCCGACAGACGCCGGUGGACAGUCCAGACGACACCAGGCUCAGUCACAGCGCUGAGCUCGCCUUCGCUGGUUUCACCUACGUGGCUCCAUCGGUCCUGGAGAGUCUAAAAGAAGGCUUCUCGUUCGAGCCCCGGACGCGUCCUGUGCGCCGACACAACAGCAGCCCACGCACACCCAUCAGUCCUCUGACGUUUUCCCCUGCUGGACCGUUCAAGUCCAGCAUGGACGGAGAGCCAGACCUUUUCUCUCCCACCUCCCCCCCGCCGGCGGCCCCCGCGUCCAUGGCGCUGGAGAACGGAGGCGCCAGUCAGCCGAUCAAGACCCCGGCCAGGAAUAAAAAGCAGAAGGGACAUCGGAGAUGAAGAGACAAUCUCCUAACCUCAGUCAGGUUGUCGUGUUCUAUAGUGUACACUCGGUGUUGAGGUGCAGAGGCUUUAAAGUGUUGUGUUUUUGACGGCAUCAUGCUUUUUGAAGUGGCUUAAUGAAAAGCCAAAACCAUCAGUGGGAAGCUGCCAGUGUUUCCUGUUCAUCUCCACAUUCAUGCCUUUACACAGAUUUCACUGGAUCAACAGCAACUGCUCAGGAGCCUGUUUGAUCCCUUCAUAAAGCUUUAAUUUACAGCUCCAUAGUGUGAGCCAUAUAAAAUAACUCCCUCAGAUAAUCAUAGUAGACAGACUCUCCUCCACCAACCUCCCUAAAAGGAUCCGUCGGGGUCACGUGAGUGAUUGACUGACUGGAAAGAUUGUUCCAUCUUGUAUGAACACGGUGGUAUAAUUAAAGCCAAGGAUAUAGUUUUGGGGGUUUAAUUAGUUCAUCAUCAUCGCAAAGAAAUCUGUUAUCACCGGCUGACGUUUUAAUUAGAGAACUGAUGAAGUCCUGAUUCAGUCCCAUUAAGGUGGAAGCGAGGAGCUGACCCUCAGGCGGCAGCUUGUCAGGUACGACAGAAUCUACUGGAUGAAAUGCUGCCGUGCACUUGACGACGACGCUCCUCGACAACGUAGUUUUUACGCGAAAAUUCGUAUGAAGCGAGGGACGUUCAUCACAGGCUGUGUUUCCAUGGACGAUGAUAUUCCAACGAAACUGAAUAAAACUAAAAAAAAAAAAACUUGUCUUCAAUCAGAACAGACUAAUCAGUUCAGGAGGAAAAUGUGACCUCCUAAUAACCAUAUAAACGAGUGUUUGAAGAGACGAGCGAAGCCAGAAUCCAUGUUGGAAAUGUGGAGGCAUCUUGGUUCAUCUUCUUCUACUGAAUCAAAGCCAUUCCUUCAUCUCUUCUCCCCCUCCUCCUUCUUACUCCCUUUCCCCCCCCGCUUAGCUUAUCUCCACCUCCGUAAAUUCCCAGCAAAUCUGAUGCUCUUCAUGUUAUCAGUAAAGUUCACAGUGAUUCAUGUUUUACGGUGCGUAAGCACACAGAUCAUUUUACGUAGCCUACAUGGUCAGAAUGAUUGAUCAGGUUUGUCGUCCAUGGAAACACAGCCAGCGUUUCUUAUUUCCCUGAAUGUCUACUGCCUAAGCUGUUUACAUGAACUCUCCUCGUACUGUACAGCGGGUUCAAUCACACUGUAGAGGAGUGCACUUGUUAAUUAAUAUUCAUUAAUUCGGGGAGGUUCUAAUAUUCCUUCGCAGAGGAAAGCGUGCGCUCGCCUAAGCCCAUACAAUCAGUCCGACGCAUGGUCAAAGCAGACAGUUAAAAAGCGGUGCUACAAAUUUAUUUUUUGUAACCAAACAAAAGCUAUUUUUACACAUGACACAUAGGUCAACUAGUUUUAAUAAAAACUAUUUCUAGUUGGCAAUAAUUCAGUACUUGGAUGACGUCACUGGAAGGUUAUUAUGUAUUUAUAGAUUGAGAAAAUUCAAAUCCAGACACUAUCUGUACAAUAGUAAAAGAGCGGCGGAAUAAGUUCAAGAUGUUACAUAUUGACACAGGAUGACAGACGGUGGUGGGUACAAGUAUUGUGGCCCUCAUAAUUUUCUACUUUUUUGCAUAAAAAUGACAAAAAAACGUAUUUUGACACAAGUCCUGCCAGUCAGACUAAGAGAACCCAAUCAAACAUAUGAAACGGGAAUAUGAAGCUUUUUGUGUUUGUUUCUUCAAGAAAAUGAAUCAUGUGUUCAUGUCUUCGAAGGGUUAAUGUAAUUGGACCUCUGGAUGUACAAGUUCAUGUCAAGGCCAAAGUUAACGUGUAUCUGUUCAGACGUGUUUCCAGUCGAUGAAACGAAACUCAGGAGUCUCUCAGCACCCUGUUUUGUCUGAAUAAACCAGGGCUCUGUCACAGACUGAUCUUCACAAAACAUGUUUGCAGAUCAUGACAAAGGAGCUUUUUGAAGGCCACAGAAAAAGAGUUGAUGCAACAACAACAACAACAACAACUGCCUGCUCCAGUUAAAGGAGGAGACAGAUUUGUAUCAGUCCAAGGCUUCAGUGUUUGUAUGUAGAAUAGAGAAUGUAUUUCUCCCUGUUUAAAGUAUCCUGUGCAUUGUACAGAGAUCGAAUCAGUGUUACCUCAGUAAAUAAUUAAUAAUCAAAUCAUGUGAAUAAGUGACAAUAUAAUAUCUAAUCAGUCCAUGAAAUCAGCCAACGAAUGCUUGGCUGGAUACAACCACUAAUCAGUACAGACAUGUAUGGUUCCUGUAGGAUGAACCCUAAUGUAUUUACUGUUAUUCCAUCAGAUGCUUGGUCAAAACUUUGCUCAGACAUUCAUGACUUUAGUGUGGAAUUAUUUCUUCUCUGGUGCCAUAGCGAGGUUCGCACUUUAGCUUUAGCUGUGAAAUAUCUCAUCAACGUGAGCUGAUGGAUAGAUCCUCAAUACAUCAUGUUCUCCUCAGGAACCCUUCAACCUCCGAUGACUCCUGGUGUUGGUCCAGGUUUCGAUUUUACUUAAGUUUUCCAUCAUCUUCAGCUACUCUUCUCUAAACAUCUGGAAAUCAUUCCAGGCUAAACAUUACCAUCAUGAUGUUAGCGUUUCUCCUCUAGCAUGGCUGGGAAUCGGAUUGUUUCACCGUUCUCAUGGGUUUCUAUUUGUUCAUAUGACCGAACUCCUUUGGGCUCCAAAGAUUUGCGCUGCUGUUGUGUUAUUAUUAUUAUUUUGUUUAGGAAGAAAAUUGCUGUUUCUUGUUUGUUUGUUUUGCUCAAAAGACACAUAAAGUCUUCCUCCGUACCUCCACCAACUUUCCUUCAUUAGCACUGAACACACACAGUCUACGUACACUGUUACCCUGAAGAACUGUUUAAACUGCACAGACACAUUACCAAGCUGUCUUUAUUUCAUGAAAUACUCUGUUGUACAGCACAAAGGUUUCAUUGAUGUUGUUUUGAUUUAUUUACAUAAUUAAUAGCAAUUAUUGCGUGAUUAUGCAGCGCUAUGAAAAGGAUUUUUCAUCUCUGUUUCUUCUUAUUUUGACUGAGUGGAUUUACUGCUUGUUUUUGUGAUCUUUUUUUUUUUUUUCCUUCUAACUGAUGAAUGUGUUGAGAAUAAAAAUGAUAUUAAUUCUUGCAGUG